UAUCUAUAUGAUCGUGGUCGAGAAGACUUGGAGUAAAAAAAUGUACUGAGUAUCUGAAUAUAUAUUUAUGCUUUAAUUCUUGUUCUAUGUAUAAGUUGAGAAGCUAUUAUGGUAACAUAGCACAGUUAAACGAAAUUCGCAAAAUAUUGGACAAAUAUAUAUUAUUAUCAUGGUUUUACUGUUCUAGAAUAAAUAUAAUUAGGAUAUUCUAGAGCUAUUGAUAAAAAGAAGCGUUUAUAAGGUUAAAGUCUCAUGUUCAUAACUGUACGCUCAGCACUAUUCACAGAUACAUGUAUAACGCUGACUAGACACUGUGUCAGAGUAUUGGCUUGCACAAUGGAAGACAGGCCACUCGACAGUGUGCUGCUUCAAGCUGCUAAAGCAAUUGCCCCUCGUUUGGAACCAGGAAAGCAUAAAGGUCAGUAUGGUUGUAUCGGCAUCAUUGGCGGAUCCUUCGAAUACACCGGAGCUGCCUACUUUGCUGCCAUGACCACUUUGAGGACGGGAGGUGACCUCGCUCACAUAUUCUGCACUAAAGAUGCUGCGACACCGAUCAAGUCGUACAGUCCGGAACUGAUCGUGCAUCCAUUCCUCGAUGACCCGGAAGCGGUCGACUUGAUAAAAGUGUGGUUGCCGCGUCUCCAUGCCCUGGUGAUUGGGCCAGGUCUGGGACGGUCAGAAAACGUCCUGAAGGUGGUUGCAGGCAUCAUCGAUAUUUGCAGAAAUGACCCUGGCCCAAAGGGUAAGCCAGUAGUGAUAGAUGCGGAUGGUUUGUUCCUGGUUACGAACACACCUGACGUGAUCAGGGGCUACCCUCAUGGUGCCAUCUUGACGCCCAACGCAGCCGAGUUCAGCAGGCUGGCCAAGGUGGUGCUGGGAGAGAGCUGGGAGGCGACGUCGACGCCCGAUAGUGGACGGGUGCUACAGCUGGCUCGGACGCUUGGCCCAGACAUCACGGUUGUGCACAAGGGCGCUGUGGACGUGAUCGCACACGGGAGUGGCCGGGUCGUGGCGGAGUGUGCGGCCAUGGGCAGCAACAGACGCUGCGGAGGCCAGGGUGACCUCCUAUCAGGCGCGCUAGGGCUGUUCUACGCAUGGGCGAGUGCACCCACGGCCCGGCUGGCGCACCCUGGAGGCGUGGUGGCUGCAUACGCUGCCUGCAGGUUGGCCAGGCAGUGCAACCAGCUGGCCUUCCGCAAGCAUGGUCGCAGUGUGCUCACCACCGACAUGAUCCAGGAAAUACACUCUGCAUUCGAGUGCUUGUUCGAGCACUGACCAGCACUGGUACUGCAGUGGCAUCAUCUUUUGGUUAUCUUAAUGUCAUGUGGUUAAUAAGGUUGUGUCUAAAAGAAAGCUCAUUUUUGAUAUUUGUAGAUAAUGGUACUGUCGAUCCUUAAGGCCAUUACUUAUCAUCAAAUAAUUUAUUUCAUCCAAGUUACUAUAUUUGGUAAAUAUAGUACUUAAAAAAAUUGAAUUCACUUAACAUUGAAAAUGUGAUGUGAUGCUUAAGAUAUUUCAAAUUAUUAAAUUACUUCAAACGUUUUAUUUUAAAUUGAACAUAAAUUUUUUACAGAAUGGUGUUAGAAAAAAGCAGAAAGUACAUUUAAACAGCUUUUUGUUACUGAUAAGUAACACAAAUGUUUUUGCAACCAAUAUUUAAAUUAUCUUGCUUUUUACUCUUACCAAAUAUAACUCAAAAAGUUUAAAAAAAAAAAAAUUUAAAAACCAUAUCAAUUUCAGGAUACAUUUUGAUCAGUUGAAAGCACUAUGCACAGUAUUCUAAAUUAUAGGGAAUGGAAAACUCUGUUCAAGUAAUGUAGAGCAUGUUCAAAACAAUCUUGAACAUGAAAAUGGCCAUGGUUAUAUUAUAGUAGUGGCCUUAACUCUCUUAGUGCCAGCCUCUACUAUGAUGGUUGUAGUAAAAAUGUCAGGUUAAUUUUAACUUAAUUACAUAUAUCUAGAGUUAAAUAUUAAUAACUUUUUAACUUUUACAUUUGGAAUUGUAAAUUUUGUACUGCUUAUAAACAAAUGAUUAUUUUUGUCAUUUCUUAAGAUUAAACAUAACAUGUUAAUCCCCUU